AGGGGCCUUUAUAGGGGAGGAAUCCCAGGGCCAGCCAUACCUGCACUCGAGAGAGACCGACAACUGCCACCCAAAGCGGGGGGAUUGGUUGCGUUGCACACACAACGGCAUGGAGGAGUGGAAGAUUCACCGAGUCUCCAUCCUCGCAAUAGUCUUUGUCUUGGCAGCCCCGAGUUCAGCCACCAACGUGUUCUUCCGAUGCUCCACAACCCAAAUCAACAACCUCCUGGUGGCCAACUGCCAAGGCCAAAGGCUCAGGGCCAUUCCCCAGGUGGACGUGUCCACUCAAGUCUUCCUGUUGAAUUUUAACCUCUUCACUACCUUACAGGCGUCUUCGUUCCCGCAGUUGAGUGCCCUGCAGAUGCUGUCAUUGGGUAACCAACUGGGGGACCCUCUCUAUGUUGGGGAGAAGGCCUUUGAGAAUGUGUCCAACAUCACCUUCCUAGACUUGGGGGGCAACAGGAACCUCUCACUGCACCCCAAAGCAUUCCAGGGUUUGACCAAACUCAAGAUGUUACACUUAGACACAAGUGGUUUCGACAACGGAAUCCUGGAGAAGGGCUAUUUCCAAGACCUUUUGUCGUUGGAAACCUUGGACCUUAGAGGGAACCGUCUUCGUCGGUUGAGUCCAGAUCCCACCUUCCAAGGACUGAAAAAACUAAGUGUCCUCCAGCUGAAACUCAACCAAAUCGGGGCCAUUUGUGGAGACGACCUCCAAUAUCUCCGAGGGCGCCAUUUGACCUUCCUCGACCUGUCCUCCAAUCGACUGUCCAGCGGCCGUCCUUCUUGCGCCAACCCGUUUCGCGACAUCACCCUGGGCACCUUGGACAUCUCUUCCAACCCCUGGGACGUGGCCCGCGUCGAAGCGUUCCUCCAGAGACUGAACGGCACCAGGAUCCAGAACCUCAAGGUGCAACACUCAGGGGCCAUCGGCAGCGGGUUCGGCUUCCAGAACUUGAAGGACAUUUCCCACACCACGUUCUCAGGACUGCGUCACAGCCGCAUUGGGACUUUCGACAUGUCCCACGGUUUCCUCAACGCCCUGAACGCCUCCGUGUUCUCCAGCUUGCCGGAUCUCAACACCUUGCUCUUAAGAUCCAACCAGAUUAACAAGAUUCAAAAGGGGGCGUUUUCAGGGUUAAGCAAGCUCCAAGUUCUGGAUCUGUCUCACAAUCUUCUCGGGGAGCUGUACAGGGAAGCACUGGAGGAUUUGAAGGCCUCUCCUCUGCAACGUCUGAUCCUGAAGUCCAACCACAUCGGGAUUGUUCAGCAUAAGGCCCUGACGGAUCUCAAAUCUUUGCAGUUCCUCGACUUGCAAGACAACGCUCUUGACCGAAUUCCCGGAGGGAAUCUCCCUUCCUUGUUGCGUCUUCAUUUGGGGCAAAACAGGAUCCAAGACACCUGGGGCAUCGAAACACUUGGCCCACACUUGGUCCAUCUUGAUCUCUCCUCCAACCGUCUGAAGGACCUGGGGAACGUCUGGCGUCACCUGGCAGAGAUCCCCCUCCUGAAGUUUCUGAAUCUCUCCAGCAACGACCUGGCGAGGUGUUCGCAAGUUGAGAAGUCUCCAAGGCAACUCACGCAACUGGACCUUUCCCGCAACGACCUGGGAAACAUCUGGGCCACCCAGAGAUGCACAGACCUCUUUCAGCCUCUGGAGAAACUCCGGGCAUUGAAUCUCAGCUCCAAUCACCUCCGAGACUUGCCUGGGAACCUUUUCCAGAGUUUGGCGUCUUUAGAAAUCCUGGAUCUCGGGGAAAACAGGUUGCACAAACUUCCCGAACAGAUCUUCCAUAGUUUGGAAUCCCUGCGUGCUCUCCGUGUCCGUGGAAAUCCGCUGAUGACCCUCUCGUCUUCCUCCUUUCAACCAAUGGGGCAGCUGCGAUUCCUGGAUUUGAGGGAGCUGUCCUUAGUUUGCAGUUGUGACCUCAAGCAUUUCAACAACUGGCUGCAGAACCACACUGCCAUAGUGAAGGCAUCUCAGCUUCCCCUGACUUGCCUUCAGACCAGCUCUAAUUUCCAGAGGCAGCCCUUGCCUCAGUUCCUGCACAAGUGUGUCUCUUAAGGCCAGCGGUCACCAACCGGUGGUCCAUGAGAAAAUUUUGGUGGUCCGCAGAGAAAUUAUUUGCCUUUUUUAUAUUGCACUAAAUCCGGGGUCCUCAAAACCACGGUCCCUGAGCUGCAUACAUACAAUGAACGCUUGUGUUGCUAUGGAGGGUCUCCCCCUUCAGAGUCUUUUGGGGCGGGUUGGAGGGGGGCAGAAAUUCCGACUUAGGGUCUCCUGGUGAGGGACGACGAGGCCACUGAUGGCAAAGAGCCGGAGGGCCUCGUUCCAGUGGGACUGCAUCAUUGUCUGGAACUGGCUGACCAUCUCAGCCCGCU